AUGGUGGGUAAACGCAUCAGUUUGGAGAAGAACCUCCUCAACACCAGCAAGCAGGAGCUCUCAGCCAACCUCGAACGCACGGCUUUGUGCUCGUUCUUUGCCAUGGGCAAGUGCUUAAGGGGAAAGGAGUGCAAGUUUGCCCACGACAUGUCACAGAUCAGGCCCAAGCCAGAUCUGACCCGCACCAGCCUCUGCCACGACUUCAUGCGGAAAGGCUCCUGCAAGAGUGGGAACAAGUGCAAGUACGCUCACGGGGAAGCACAGCUGCGCGGACCGAAAGGGGAGCAGGCGAAGAAGCCGCUGGCAACUGCACCCGCCGCCCUUGUGGUAGAAACGCCACUGCUUUGGGACCCCAUGGGUUUGGAGUUGGAAGCACCGCAAGGUCCUUGUGUCAAGGAGCCCUUGGCUCCGAUGGACGCAUUGAUCCCGGUGCUGCAGAGACUCAUGGGCAAACGCCAGACACGCCCGAAGAGCCCGGGUCAGAGUCCUCCGACUCCCGUCUUGGAGGAGAAGAAAGCUGAGACAAAGACGGCCCGAUAUUGUCAGGUUCCAAACGACAAAGACUGCGGUUCUCCGCUACCGGAAGCCUUGUCUAGUCAUCCCUUCAAGGUUGUACUGCGAGCGGAUGGCCAGAUCUGUGCUGAGGCCGUUGAUGUCUACCCCGUACUUCCCAAGGACUUGGCCUUUCCUCUUCACGUCAAGACUAAGAACACGUUCUUGGACUUUGACUCAGACAUCGACAUCCCUCCUUGCGAUUUCAUUCGAUUCUGCACAGAGCCAGCGGAUCUUGGGCGGGCGGGGGCAUGA